AUGAAGUACAAACACACCUUAGGGGCCGAGUUCCUGUCCAGACUGGGACCCGAGAAAGACCUCCCACUGGCCGAAGCAGCCUUCCACUACCCUCCGCCCUCGAGGGAAGCUGGUCUACUUCCUCCCAUUUUUUAUCUAAAGGAAGUGCCAAUAAGCAGCAAUGGGCAAGAAUGUGAACAACUUUUCCACUGGUUGAUAGCAGUGGCUCACACAGCACUGCAGAACCCUAAAAAGGACCCAGGAGGGGAACGCUCAGUAGAACCACCAUGAAGACCGUUAGGAUAGCCCUUCUCAUCCUCCUCCUAACCCUGCUCCAGCUCCUCACUACAGGUAAGCCUACAGGGAUAUUUAGAUCUGCUUUUGGGAGUAAAAUAUUACUACAAACUUACUUGGAUAAGAGAUCGCAUGUGAUGACAAAGGAUCUAUUGUCGCAUAACCAGAACUUUUUCAGAAAUUUUGGAAUCCAGGCAGUAAUGGAUUUAGAAAGUUACACAGCUGUGUCUAGAGCUAUUAGAUGAAUAACAGUUGUAAAAUGGAUGCUUAAAAAAUAGACAACAUGACUUACCAGUAAUUGGAGUUGUAUAGUUAUUUUGUCUUGAUAAGUAGAAUAAUUGUUUUAAUUGGCUGUUGUAUUUACUUACCAUCUUAAUCAGACUUGGUUUGCAACAAAAAAUCUUGUAUAUGGACAUUUGGAUCAUUAAUUAUGUUAUUGUAUGUCUGGGAGUUGUUCUAACAGACAGGCUCACACGUUUAACAUUACUCCAGGGACGUCCAGUGAUGCCUAAGUGGGUUUCUCCAUUUGCCCUGAGCAUGAGAUAAGAGCAGCAUUGUUUUUUAUUGUUGUUGAUGGGAAUCUUGUGUUGUGUGGUGUUCCCAAAAUAAUGUAAAUUAUCCAGGUCAACCCCAUGUGGAGGAAGGUACAGCCACAAACCUUAAUAAGGUGCAAUUAAUAUUUAUAAAGUAGUAUACAAUUUCUGAACACUUUGUGUUAAAUUGCGUCAAGUGUUACCAGGAUAACUCAUAAACCUCCCCAUUUUACAUUACAUUUUAGUCAUUUAGCAGAUGCUCUUAUCCAGAGCGACUUACAGUUAGUGAAUGCAUACGUUUCUUUUUUCAUACUGGCCCCCCGUGGGAAACGAACCCACAUCCCUGCCGGCCAAACCCUCCCCUACCUUGGACGACGCUGGACCAAUUGUGCGCCGUCCAUGGGUCUCCCGGUUGCGGCCGGCUGCGACAGAGCCUGGACUCGAACCAGGAUCUCUAGUGGCAGACCACUGCGCCACUCAGGAGUCCCCAUUGUGCAAGUCACCCAAGAGGGGCACAUGGACAUGAAUGUUGACAGAGAGAUCAACCAAAGCUAUUGGCAGGACCUAAAGCAUCCCUAUUUUACUAGAGGUCUAUUGAAAGACAAAAUGCACACCUAAAAUAGUCUUUAUUAGGUGUGUAUGAGGAACCCUGUUCAUCACCUUGUGUUCACUUUACACCUUUAUUUCAAGUCUACUUUAUUUCAAGUCUACUUUAUUUCAAGUCGACUUAUGAUCAACUUUAGCCAUCAUUGGCAAACUAUUCGAGGGAUGUAAUGCAUCGGACAACACGAAUAACAAAGACAAAACAUCUAGGAAUAAAAACACGUCCAAGGCCAAGACAAAUGAAUGUGGUUACUUGGGCUGGUGGAAAAGAAAAAGAGGGAGUCUCCAGAUUGUUUGUUUUGAUUGGAGCAUGGGCACGGAUCCAAGAGGACCGUUAACCACCAUGCACUGCCCAGAGAGGUGAUUGGAACUGCAGAUAGCCAGUGGGAACCAAACUGCCCUUUCUCUCACAGGGGGAGAGAUUAUUGUGAAGUGAAAUGGUCCAAUCGGCAGCAAAUCUCCUUCCAGCAUGAAUCUAAACACCUGCAGGAAACACCCAAGCAAAGGUCACUGCAGUGCAAGCCUCUCUACAGUGACGAGAGAAAUUGACGUUUUCUCCCUGAUAAAUAUGUCCCGCCAUUAUAUACAGAAAAUUAAACUGAUAAAUGGUGAAAUGCAAGUGUAUUUAGCCUACCAUGUAAGCUUAAUGAUUGCGCUUUCCAUUUGUCUGUAUCAUGGAAAUAGAUUAUUAGUGUUGCCAUAAGGUACAGUACUUAUUCUGAAAGGGUGGGGGCAGGGGUGAAUCUGCCGCCACUGCCGAUGAGGAGUGGUCUCUGUACAAGACAAAAUGCAGAUAUAGCAGAGGGAAAAUAAACAAAAGCAUUGGGUUAUGUGCUCAAAAGUCAGUGUGAAACAUCAGGCACGAAGACGGUCGAGCUGAAGCUGCAAAAGCCCCUCUCUGAUGGGGGAGAAGACAGGAAAUCCUGCCUGGCCCUUUGGCUGUUGGGGCCAGGGGACAACAAUACUCUGUCUGGGACAGGAUGCAGCAUUUCACAGGUCUGGGCCUGAAGCAGAGGAUAUCCACCUCAAAGUGUCACAGACUGGGUGGCUUUCUCGUUAAAAUCGGACUAUAAAAAAAAAAAAUGAUGUAUGUCAGACAGUGGUCUUUCAAACCCUGCCAAACAGGAACGACACAAUUGUCUAACCUUUGGAUCUAAAAGGGACGAUUAUUUCUGAGGAAAUGUUUUAGCAACCAAGAUAGAAAUGGUGAAUUUUGAUCUGUCAUAAUGUGAGCUCUUUGGAGUGCUCACAUCCUCUAGAUUGUAUUAGGAUUUAGAGCCGCACUUUACCGAGAAUUAGUCUGCAGGUGAAUCUUGUUGCUAAAUGUGGUACAAUUAUAGGUUCUCUUAGCAGGAAUUAUUAGCCAACAUUAUAUUACAUUCAGUCUUAAAAACGUAAACAACUUACUAAAUCAUGAAGUUAUUUUUUUCCUGUCUGUCGUUCGGUAUGGUUAUGGUGUUGCCACAGAAGUUAAGUAUUGUUCAAAAAGAUCAGAAGACCCAUUUACAUUUUAGUCAUUUAGCAGACGCUCUUAUCCAGAGCGACUUACAGUUAGCACAUACAUUAUUUUAUCGAACCCACAACCCUGGCGUUGCAAACGCCAUGCUCUACCAACUGAGCUACAUCCCCUGCCGGCCAUUCCCUCCCUUACCCUGGACGACGCUGGGCCAAUUGUGCGCCGCCCCAUGGGUCUCCCGGUCGCGGCCGGCUACGACAGAGCCUGGAUUCAAACCAGGAUCUCUAGUGGCACAGCUAGCACUGCGAUGCAGUGCCUUAGACCACUGCGCCAAUACCAGAACCAGCAGCAGGGCAACCUGAUGGAUUGCCAUUAGACCAAGUUCCACGUAGAUAUAUUAUGAAAUAUUAGCAUUAUUUAGGUAAUAUUUCAAGAGAUUAAUAAUAGGCAGACACAUAGACAGUGAUAGUAAUUUAAAAAAUCUGGUUGCAUUUUUAAGUCGAAGAUUUGCUCAUCACCUACGACUCCUGCUGCUACUUUUGGUGGAGAAAUCAGAAUUAGCUAAGUAACAUAGAUAAUUAAGAUGUCUUAUCUGCAGAAUAUGCUUAUAUGAUUGAACUGUUGAACUCUUGUUAUUAGAAUGUCUCCUUUCGGACUCAGUCACCUGGGGCCCAGAGAGGGGAGAAGUCAGGCUUGUCUAUCACACGUCCCUGUUGCUAUGCAGAAUAUCAGAAAGAGAAUAGGGCAAAGGAUUUUAGAAGGAAACAUUGUUUCCAUAUGUGAAUAUGUGUCUUUACCUAUUGCAAACCAUGUGAAGGGAUGCCGUGAGUAAUGGGGAACCAAUCACUUGUCUCCACAAUGUCUAUGUGUCAGUCACCCCCUCCUUGGGCCUUGGGGAGAUUGUUCUCUCCCCUGGUUCCUUUUUUAGCAAGCUGGAGACUAAGUAACAACAAAUGUCCUUUUAAGUUCUUAGUACUGAACAAAACAACAAGUUCUUUGUAUUUGGGGCCAAGGUCUGGCACAGGAUGUGUGGGGUUGGUGUCUGGAACCAUUGUACGUCAUCUCUGAUGUUGCACAUAUACUGAGAUAGUAGAUAACCCAGAGGCUCACUCCACUCAGUGGGCUCUCACUCUACUCACUCUGUGGGUGGUGUGACCAGCUCCCUUAUCGAUACGUUAUUUUAAUAAAGUUAAUAUUCUGAUUGGUGAUUGACCUCAUUAUUGAUUAAAAUAUCCACCACAUACGUUUUGAUGAUUUGCAUCUUAUUGUACACUACUUGAUCUGUCAUCAUAGCAACUCAGACACCCGACACAAGUGUUCGUCCUCCCACUACAUCUGUCCCUACAACAAUUGCUGCUGCCACCACUGCUGUGACCACACCCAGUAAGUAAAAGAAAACAUAUCAAAACAUGGUCUCAGAUUCAAACUGCUGUAUUCAUCUCUAGUUCAAAUAACUGUCAAAGCCUUAGGACAUUGUAACAUUAGAACGUGUUCCUUUUUAGAGAGAGGUACAGUAUGCUGGUGUAUAAACUCUGCUCUUAGACUGAUUUUACAUUCCAGAGACAGAGGAGAAAUCUGUCACAGUAACUGCCACGCCAAAACCUGCACCAACAUCAGAAAAGACAAAGAAUUCAUCCCCACCCCCACUCUCAGUGCAUUCCACAUCUCCACCUGCUAAGGAUGAUGGUGAGACUUCAUAGACAUUUAAUUUAAAUUUGCCAUUGAAAUGUAAUUUGGAGGAAAAAAAACUGACUACAGUCUGCUCUAUAAACUGUAUUUCUACGACAGAGGUCCUAUACAGAUGUGCUCAUAUGUCAAAUAAGCUCGACAGAUGUAUGGCUGUUGGAAUAACCAAAUGAUAAUAACCAGGGGCCGACCGUAUAUACAGGAUCUCAGAGUGCUGAUUUAGGAUCAGUCUUGCCUUUUAGAUCACAAUUAAUAAGAUUACAUGAACAGGAGGGACCUGAUCCUAGAUCAGCACUCCUACUAAGAUGCUUGAUGCAUACUGCCCCAGACCUUAAAUGUUAGAAAUGCUCUAAACGAAUGCAUUCUUCUCCCUUCACGGGGGUAACAGAAAAAGGGGCAGCGAGCCAGGCCACAACAACUGUUACCACCAGUCACCCACCCCAAGAUAUGACCACAGUUCAGCCUACAUCAAACCUUCACUUACAAGGUAAGAAGAGAUUAUGUUACCCUCUAACAUAACAUAUAAAAUAAUUAAAAUAAGAUGAACAUUAUCCAAAAUAUAAACCAUCAACUUAGUGAAUACCAUUGGUGUUUAAUAUGUGGGUUUCAGCACGAAACAGUUGCACACCUACUCAUUCAAGGGUUUUUCUUUAUUUUUACUAUUUUCUACUUUGUAGAAUAAUAGUGAAGACAUCAAAACUAUGAAAUAACACAUAUGGAAUCAUAUAGUAACCAUAGACAUUUAAUUUAAAUUUGCCAUUGAAAUGUAAUUUGGAGGGAAAAAAAACUGACUACAGUCUGCUCUAUAAACUGUAUUUCUAUGACAGAGGUCCUAUACAGAUGUGCUCAUAUGUCAAAUAAGCUCGACAGAUGUAUGGCUGUUGGAAUAACCAAAUGAUAAUAACCAGGGGCCGACCGUAUAUACAGGAUCUCAGAGUGCUGAUUUAGGAUCAGUCUUGCCUUUUAGAUCACAAUUAAUAAGAUUACAUGAACAGGAGGGACCUGAUCCUAGAUCAGCACUCCUACUAAGAUGCUUGAUGCAUACUGCCCCAGACCUUAAAUGUUAGAAAUGCUCUAAACGAAUGCAUUCUACUCCCUUCACGGGGGUAACAGAAAAAGGGGCAGCGAGCCAGGCCACAACAACUGUUACCACCAGUCACCCACCCCAAGAUAUGACCACAGUUCAGCCUACACCAAACCUUCACUUACAAGGUAAGAGGAGAUUAUGUUACCCUCUCUCAAAUUACAAUAGAGAUAAGAUGGAUGAUAGCAAGCAAAGCAUUGGGUUAAAGACACCUUCUGCUCAGUAAGGGGGAAUAGCCUACGGAUUACAGUAAAGCUAAAAUUGUCAUUCUUCAGUUAUUCAGACAACUGCACAGAGACUUUCACCAGGAUCCUUGACCACCUCCAGACCAGAAGAGAAAGGUACAAUUUACUGUCAAUCUGCUUUAUUAACUUAUAUUCCAUCAAAUAACCCACUGAACCAAUAACUUGGGACUGGAUAAGACUGUAACUUAAAGGUGAAGUUCAGGAUUUUACAACUAGGUGUAGAUGGUUCCUCACCCUGGAAGUAGUCUAUAUCGGAAAGGAAGAUUGUAAUGCAUGGUUGGGUUUUCGCUUAACAACCACUAAAAACCUCAGCUAACUUUAUCCACUUCUAGCUAACAAUCAGUGGAAGUGACUUAAGUAUACUCAUUCUAAUAAAUAAAUAUGACAAAACAGCUUCUGUAGAUAUUACAUAAUUUGGAAUAGCCUUCAUUUCUUAAUUCAAACACUUGAUGUAUUAUCCUCAUGACCCCAUAACAAUGGUUUACCAUUAAUGUUUUCUUCAAUUUCAGGCGGUGGAAUUAGAGGCAAGUCUAAAGCACUAUCACUGUCCCUCAAUUAGGGUUGCAAAGGGAGGGUAUAUUACUGGAAACUUUUAAAGUUUACCAGUAAACUACCAGAAUUUGGGUAACUUUCAAAGAUUUUAUGUAAUUUAUCACAAGACAUCUAGUGGCUCUUCUGGGUACUUCAGAUUAUCACAGGUGUCUGUAAUUAUCUCUGGUCCUCUGUGGCCUUAUAACAUAUAAAAUAAUUAAAAUAAGAUGAACAUUAUCCAAAAUAUAAACCAUCAACUUAGUGAAUACCAUUGGUGUUUAAUAUGUGGGUUUCAGCACGAAACAGUUGCACACCUACUCAUUCAAGGGUUUUUCUUUAUUUUUACUAUGUUCUACAUUGUAGAAUAACAGUGAAGACAUCAAAACUAUGAAAUAACACAUAUGGAAUCAUGUAGUAACCAAAAAAGUGUUAAACAAAUCAAAAUAUAUUUGAGAUUUGAGAUUCUUCAAAUAGCCACCCUUUGCCUUGAUGACAGCUUUGCACACUCUUGGCAUUCUCUCAACCAGCUUCAACUGGAAUGCUUUUCCAUUGUCAUUGUCCUGUUGAAAAACAAAUGAUAGUCCCACUAAGCCCAAACCAGAUGGGAUGGCGUACCACUGCAGAAUGCUGUGGUAGCCAUGCUCAUUAAGUGUGCCUUGAAUUCUAAAUAAAUCACAGACAGUGUCACCAGCAAAGCACCUCCUCCUCCAUGCUUUACGGUGGAAACCACACAUGCGGAGAUCAUCCGUUCAUCCACACCGCAUCUCACAAAGACACGGCGGAUGGAACCAAAGAUCUCCAAUUUGGACUCCAGACCAAAGGACAAAUUCCCACCGGUCUAAUGUCCAUUGCUCGUGUUUCUUGGCCCAAGCAGAUCUCUUCUUCUUAUUGGUGUCCUUUAGUAGUGUUUUUUUUUGCAGCAAUUCGACCAUGAAGGCCUGAUUCACACAGUCCCCUCUGAACAGUUGAUGAUGAAAUGUGUCUGUGACUUGAACUCUGUGAAGCAUUUAUUUGGGCUGCAAUUUCUGAGGCUGGUAACUCUAAUGAACUUAUCCUCUGCAGCAGAGGUAACUCCGGAUCUUCCAUUCCUGUGGCGGUCCUCAUGAGAACCAGUUUCAUCAUAGCGCUUGAUGGGUUUUUGCGACUGCACUUGAAGAAACUUCUUCAAGUUCUUGAAAUGUUCCGUAUUGACUGACCUUCAUGUCUUAAAGUAAUGAUGGACUGUCGUUUCUCUUUGCUUAUUUGAGCUGUUCUUGCCAUAAUAUGGACAAAUAGGGCUAUAUUCUGUAUACCCCCCUACCUUGUCACAACACAACUGGUGACUACCUUAUGAAGCUGGUUGAGAUAAUGCCAAGAGUGUGCAAAGCUGUCAUCGAGGCAAAGGGUGGCUAUUUGAAGAUUCUCAAAUAUAAAAUAUAUUUGUAUAUUUUUAACACUUUUUUGGUUACUACAUGACUCCAUAUGUGUUAUUUCAUAGUUUUGAUGUCUUCACUAUUAUUCUACAAUGUAUAAAUUGGUCAAAAUAAAGAAACACCCUUGAAUGAGUAGGUGUGUCGAACAUUUUGACUGGCAGUGUUCCAACUAGGCACCACACCUGACCAACUGAGCUAAUUGAUCAAUUCAACACACCUGGUCUUCCAGGUCGGUUAAAUCAAAAACAUGAUGUGCCUGCGGCACUCCAGGACCAGGGUUGCCUAUCCCUGAUCUAUGUUUUACCAAUAACACACCCACCAGAGGGUGCACACACUUCACAUUUGACUGUGUUGUCAGUGUGUGUGUACAAAGUCAUUAGUCAAGCCGUGAUCAAUUACAGCUCAUCAUAAAUUGGCUACAUGACACAUUGUUCCAACAAUGGUACUAAUCCAACUUCUCAUACUAUGUGAAAAACAACAGUUUUGUCUGCCACAUUAAAUAAAUAUGUUCUUCCUCUGUGUCUAAAGAAAAUAAGCUGCUGUGGAUUCUUUUGCCAGUCCUGGGAGUUGUGGUGGCUGCUGUCAUCUUCGUUCUCAGAUUUAAAUGCAUGAAGGUCCACGAUCACACAGGUAUUACUUAAUGACUGAAUUAGAUGUGACUCUGCACAGCACUAUGUCUACAUACACAUGUUGACAUUACAAACUAAGUAUCACACCUUUUUCUUUUGUCCCUGAACAGAGGCAACUGAUAAUGGAACAGAAAAGUAAGUAUAGUCUUUGGACUGUACAUGAAGAUACCAUUUAGACCAGACCCCAUUUGAACAGUUAAAAUAUACCGUAAUCUUUUAAAGAAAAAUACUAUAUUUUACUCCCAAUAUGCUCUGCUCUCUCGUCUUUGCAGUGCCUCUUUCCAGAGCAGGCCGGACAGCACCAAAGAUGGUGUCAUGCUUCUCGGGGUGAAGUCCUCAGGU